AUGCCUGGAGUUGGUAAGACAACAAUGGCAAAGGAAAUAGUCAAUGAAGUCAAAGAUGAGAAAUUAUUUGAGGAGGUUGCAUUUGCAGUUGUAUCUAACGAUCCAGACAUAAACAAAAUUCAGGACCAACUUGCGGAAAUGCUUGGUCUAAGAAUUGAAGAAAAGACAAAUGAAGUGAGAGUCAGACGACUUCAUCAAAGACUUGAAGGCAAAGAUGGUAAGAGCAUUCUUGUAGUAUUAGACGAUGUGUGGAAAGAAAUUGAUUGGGGAACUAUAGGAAUUCCAUCUCCACAUGAUCGCAAAGGGUUGAAAAUUAUGUUUACAACGCGAAUUGAAGAAACGUGUAGUAAAAUGGAAGCCCAAAGGAAAUUCGAAAUCAAAGUUUUGGAUGAAAAAGAAGGAUGGCAACUUUUCAAGGAUACGGCAGGGAUUUCUGAUGAUGAAACUGAUGCCGAACUCGUAAGCAUAGCCAAAGAAGUUGCAUAUGAAUGUGGACGUCUACCUCUUGCACUAGUAGUUGUUGGCAAAGCACUGAAAAACAACAAGGCCGCACAUAAAUGGAGAGAUGCACUUCGACAUCUACAGAGGUCUAGUGCUACCAAUCUGGAAGGAAUGGACAAUAUCGUGUACAAAAGUAUAAGAUUGAGCUACGACUAUUUGGUAAGUAAUGAAGAGCGGGACUUGCUUUUACUUUGUUCUCUAUUCGCUGAAGAUCAAAGUAUUCCAAUUGAAACUUUGGUUAGAUAUGCAAGGGGACUAGAGUUGUUUAAAGAAACCGAGACACUCUGUGAAACUCGAGACCGAGCAAAGACAAUUGCGGAUAAUCUAAAAAGUUGUUAUUUAUUGCAACUAGGUAAGGAGGAAGACGAGGUGAAAUUGCAUGAUGUUAUCAGAGAUUUUUGCUUACAGAUGGCAUAUGAAGACAAAUUUGGAUAUCUGGUGAAACAUGCUGGUUUGAUAGAGUGGCCAGAACAUGAUGCUCAUGAAUCCCAAUACAUGAUAGUUGCUGAAAUCGCCGCCUCAACGGCUGUAGUAGGAGGCAGUGACGUUCAGGGUCCGCCUCGAUGCCCACUAACAGAGGUCACCAUGUAUCGCAUAAGCUGGUGGAGGUUACCUCGAUGGCUUCUGCCGGAGACUGCAGGAUGUCUCGACGGUGUCGCCGGAGGCGACAGUGACCUCGAUAAAGCUGGCAAUUGGAUCCCGGGGAUAAUAUUCCCUAUCGCAACUAGAAGGUGGAAGUCGGGUUAG